GUGAGGAGGGGUGACAGAAAAAAAAAAACAAAGAUGGCAGAGUAGAGCUAGAGACGAACUAUCGAGCUAAAAGACGUUAGCGGACAGAGCAGGUUUAAGUGUUACAGGUGAGACCGGAUUGUGUGUGUGUGUGUGUGGUGUUGAGAAGGCGGACAGGACGUUGUUAGACCGGGCAGCUCGCACUGUCACAGCCGAGUAACGGAGUAAGCAGCUGGCGAGAGCAACCAGUCUGUGCUGUUUACUUUCCCUACAGUGCGUCUGUCAGCGACUCGAAUCAAUAGGAGAUUAUUAUUCAGAUAGAGUUUGGACUCGUCUUUUCCCUCUAAACCCCACAGUGAAUAAUAAUCCUGCGGAUGUCUGCCAUGGAAGAGCGUGGCGAGGUGGUGGCCGCUGCUCCAGGCUCGUCCUCAGCCGGCUUGGGUGUCGGGCCGGAGGCCGUUGCUGCAGGUGCGGGUUUAUCCGUUAUUCAGGACGAAUCAGGGGUUCGGAGAGAAGGUUCCGCUUCUGUUUCUGGUCCGGAGACAGAUCCGGACGCACCGCCGAAAAAGCGCGUGAGGCUGCAGGAAGGUGAAGCGGGUAAACUGGAGGAGCGGCUUUAUUCCGUGUUGUGCUGCACCGUGUGCCUGGACCUACCCAAAGCCUCGGUUUACCAGUGUACAAACGGGCACCUGAUGUGUGCUGGCUGCUUCAUCCACCUGCUGGCGGAUGCACGACUGAAGGAAGAGCAGGCCACGUGCCCGAACUGUCGCUGUGAGAUCAGCAAGAGCCUGUGCUGCAGGAACCUGGCGGUAGAGAAAGCUGUGAGUGAACUGCCCUCAGACUGCAGUUAUUGCCUCAAACAGUUCCCCCGCUCCAGCCUGGACCACCAUCAGUCAGAAGAAUGCCAGGACAGUGUGGCAUCUCUGAUUUCUUAUAGGCUUACGCAAUGUAAAUACAAGCGGAUCGGAUGUCCGUGGCAGGGGCCAUACCAUGAGCUCACUGCCCACGAGGUUGACUGCUGCCACCCUUCUAAAACUGGCAUUGAGUUGAUGGGCAUCCUGGAUGAGAUGGAUCAGAGCCAUCGCCGAGAGCUACAGCUCUAUAACAGCAUCUUCAGCCUGCUCAGCUUCGAGAAGAUCGGCUUCACAGAGGUUCAAUUUCGGCCGUACCGCACAGAUGACUUCAUUACCCGGCUGUACUACGAGACGCCACGCUUCACCGUGCUCAACCAGACAUGGGUACUGAAGGCACGUGUCAACGACUCAGAGCGUAACCCCAACCUUUCCUGUAAGCGCACACUCUCCUUCCAGCUAAUCCUGAAGAGCAAAGUAAACUCAACGCUAGAGUGUUCCUUCCUGCUGCUUAAGGGCCCGUAUGACGACGUGAAGAUCAAACCUGUCAUCCAGCACCACGUCUUCUCCAACGACGCCAACGAGACAGAGUACGUGCCGCUGCCCAUCACCGACAGUGUCGAGUGCAACAAGCUGCUGGCUGCCAAAAACAUCAAUCUGCGCCUCUUCAUCUUUCAGAUCCAGAAAUAGGUGAAGAACAGAGAAGCUUUGGAAGUCAAAGGAGGCAGGGAAGGAGAUGAAAGGUGAAGUGACCCUGAACCACACAUACCUCGACAAGAACAAGGAUGAGAGAGCCAGCUAUAUUAAAGAUGGCCUAUACGACAUGCAGUCGCCUGUGUUUGUUUGUGUGUGCAAGUAUGUGGUUAUUGGAAAUAAUUUCUGAUCUAUACGGUCCAACAUGAGUGUCUGUUCAUCAAUCAGACCAUCUGUCGCUAGUUAAAAAAAAAAAAAAAACCAGGACAGUCCUGACUGAACACCAUCUUCAUAAUGUAUGUGUGAGAGUGUGUGCAUGCAUGUAAGUAUGAAUGAGUAUGAAUGCGCAAGAUAACCUAAUUAAAGCACUACAGGCAAUUCUACUAUCUCAGCAUGUGUGUGUGUGUGUGUGUGUGUGCGCGUGUGUGUGUGCGCGUGUGUGUGUGUGCGUGUGUGUGUGUGUGUGUGUGUGUGUGUGUGGAUACUCUUGUGACUGUGAGAAAGGCAUGCUUGAGACGUAAUCCAGAAAGCACUGGAUUUAAUAAUGUUUUUAAACAGCCUGAAGUUUAGGCAGUGUUACUUAAGACAUCCUGUGGUACUGUAUGCGUUUGUGUGUGUGUGUGUGUGUGUGUGUGUGUGUGUGUGUGUGUGUGUGUGUGUCUCCAUGCAGUGGUUCUCUUCUGCUCAGAACCCUUCUCUUAAGGCUUACAUGUGCGCACACACAAAUCUCAGCAGAAAAUAGGCUGCACUUGCUUUAAAUGUAUUUUUGUAAGUGAAGGGAGACAUUUUACUUGAGGUACAGCAGAUCAGGUAGUGUGAACAAAAUGGCUGCUGACCUCUGAAGGCAGAACAGUGGAGUUUGCAUGUUUUUAGUUUCUUCUUGGUGUGUUCUUAGGAGCACACACGUUUAUCCCAGUAGCAUUAUAAUCUUGUAAACUAACUUAAGUUUGAUAUUUUUAACACAAUUUUUAUUUAAGAACCUGUGAAUCUUAGCUUUAUAUCUUAUUUAGAGUCUGAUUUGUCAUUUCAGAUUUUUCUCUCACACACACCCCUGUACAGCCAAUUUAGCAGCACCAGUUAAUCCACUGUUAUUACUUUAUACCCAAAUGCAUUACAGUUAGCAACAAAGAAUCUACUCACCGUAGAAACCCCUUACCUAAACCCACCCACACACAUCAUAGAGCCAGACAGGGUCUAAUCACAUCCCUGUGUUGUUGAACUUGACUGUAACUGAUCUGAUUUGACAUACUUGAAUUCUUGAGGGGCAGAAAAAGUGAAGCUGAUCUAGACAGUGUGUUUGAUAUCGAAGAGUCUAGUUGGAACCUGUUUCUGUAUUGAAAAAGCUUUUAAUUCUCACAUUACACUCUGCCUGUAUUUGUGCCUUUCUAUUAAAGCUCAUCGAAACUAAAA